AUGGAUUUUUAUCAAGAUCAAGUUAAUAUGAUCACUGUUUAUAUUGAAGAAGCUCAUGCAGCUGAUGAAUGGCCAAUAGGUAGUCGCAUAUGUUAUAAUCAGCCAAAAAGUGACAAUGAUCGAAUUCGUAUUGCAAAUGAUUUUAUCAAAGCAACAGAAUAUCGAAUUCCAUUAUUAAUAGAUCCAUUAUCAGAAAAUAACCCAUUUAGUCAAGUUUAUAAUCCAUGGCCUAUACGAUUUUAUGUUAUUGAUCAUAUGAAAAAGUUUAGUUAUAUUGCUCAACCAAUUCAAGGUUCAUUUCCAUUAGAAUGGAUUAAAAAUGCAUUAAAUGAAGCCAUUCAAAAAUAUCUAUAG